AUGUGACUCGUUCUUCAUUGCAAACGGCCGACUCAAAGGAACCUUGGAGAAAUAAAACUGAGCGAUAUGCUUGUCCCUCCUGUUGCAAAGGAUAUCCAAAGCGGUGAUCAGCAUCCAGAUGGCGCAUCGGAAGAAGAUUCCUUCGACAGCAGAGACGAAAUUAUAGAGAGAGGCGAAUAUUAUUCUCCUGAGGAGUUGCAAAAAGGUUUAACUGUGUUCACGGCCGCAGUGUUCAUCACCGGAGAGAUGGCUGGGAGUGGAGUCUUGGCUCUUCCUGCUGCCAUUGUUGGAGCCGGUUGGACAGGAUUCGGUUUACUCGUUCUCUGUUGCUUUGCCUCGGGUUACUGUGGAACGGUUCUUGGGAGAUCGUGGGCGACUCUUCGUGAAAGGCAUAGCGAGUACAAGGGACACGUACGGUACCCGUACCCAGCAAUAGGAGAAAAGGCUUAUGGAAGAUGGGCGUCAUUGACUGUGACUGUCUGCAUCAAUAUCACACUGAUAGGUAUAGUACUGAAAAUAACAUUGAAAUGAAAUGCUUAUUGAUUAACUGGAGAUUUUUAAAUUUAGCAAUUGAACACGGAAGCGGGUGCUAGGAAACAGAAGACACUUCCAAGGGACUGAACACAUGCAUCAUCCUUCGCUGCAGGGUUAUCAAUCAAUAAUUGCUUUAUUAUAAUACAUACAUGCGAGGCAGUGAGUUUUUAAAGUGUUUCCUUACACCUAGGCCUUAAGUAUUUACUCUAUUUUACAUGAUGUGAUUUACGAAGAUGACGUCUGCUUGCUCGAUUAUUUUUGAGUCUAAUGCCCUGAGUGAAUUUUCUAAAAAUUGCUGUUGGGUUCCCACUUCUAAAUAUGUUCCUUACGUAAAGAGUCGUGUGACAGUUCGUGUCAGGUUUAGCAAUCAAAUAGCCAUUUUGAACUCUGCUUUGCCUCGUUCCCAGGACCUCUCCUCCCUGGGAAAUACACGGGAUCGAGGUUGUGACUUGAUUUGCACAAGCAUCCCGCGCGAAAAAUAAAUCACCGACGUUUUUAUUGUAAAGGGUAAUAAAUCAAAAGGUAAAAAUGACAUAAAUCCUCUUUUUCAACUCUCUGAAGCGAAACAUAGCUUCAUAUCAAUACCAUGAGCAACAUUAGUCAACCUCGAUGUCUUUGACAAGGCUCCGAAACUAAUAUUUUUACAUUUGGAACAAACAUCCAUGUUUGGACGAUGAAAUGUAUAGGUGUUACCUGACGUUACUGUUUUGAUAUUAUGACUAGGGGUGUGUGUAGUGUUUUUGAUCCUGGCGGCGCGAAACUUGGCAAAUCUUGUCAAUUUGCACGUGGCUGAUGUUGGGAAAACCGGCGAAUUGCGUAUCUGGCUCGUAAUUUGUUUUGCUGUUCUGCUGCCAUGCUCGUGGCUAGGAACGCCCAAGGACUUCUGGGGGAUCGCUGUCGGUGCUAGUGUAGCAACAGCUGUGGCUUGUUUGAUGAUCUGCGUCUGCAUCGCAUUGGAUAUGCCGUCUGAUUUGAAUACUGUUGAACAACCUACUGUAAGCUUCGAGAGUUUCUUUUCAGGUGUGUAUUCCUAAGUGGAUGAUCAUAUUUAAUUAUACAUGCUACUCAUAUAAAAUUAUAUGAUAAGUUGAAUUAUACAAGCAUUUGAUUGGUACUACUUAUGUUCUGUUGGAAGACAAACGCAUAGAUGACGUCACCAUUAACAACCUUUCGUCAUCUCUAUAAUUAGACAAAUCGGUUCUACGUUGCUGUGGGUCUGUACAGUAAUAGAUCACAGAAGACAUCAAAAUGUGGUAAAAACAUCAGUAAAACAACCGGCUGCGCUUCAUGUGUUUUUUUGUUUUUCUUACCACGUUUUGUCUCCAUCUGUGAUCUAUUUAACAAAUAGAUUCCAAGUUGCCGUGCGCCUGUACACUAAUAGAUCACAGAGGACGUCAAAAUGUGGUAAGAACAAAAAUGUGGCACACUCGGCUGCGCCUCGUGUGUAACUGAUGUUCUUACCACACUUUGACGUCCUCUGUGAUCUAUUACUGAACAGACGCACGGCAACUUGGAAUCUAAUUGUUUUAUAUAAUAAAGAAUUAAAAUAUACGGAAAAAGUUUUAAUGAUGACGUCAUCUAUACGUCUGUCCUCCAAUAGAUCAUAAGUGAGAACCAAUCAGAAUGCGUGCAUAACUGUGCUUAUUGUAUAAUCCUGAACAGAGGCACGUUAACAUGGGAUCUAUUUGUUACAUGAGUGCCAAAGGUCUCGGUGUGGUCAAGUCGACUUACCAGGUUAUCCAGUGUAAUAAAAAAUGACAUGACUUUUUUACUAGAAUGUGCUGCGAAACGUUAACAUUUCAAUCGUCAGUAAGAGCUAUCCACUGCGUGGCUAAAAUUUCGCAGGAAAAAUGAGGAUGGUAGGUUUUAUCUAAAGUGAACCUUAUAUUCAUUCCUCAAUGCUGCUGAGUUCUUCUAAUUUCUCCUUUUCUUUUAGCUUUCGGAACUAUAUUAUUUUCAUUUGGUGGCGCUUCAACCUUUCCAACGAUUCAGACAGACAUGAAAAAAUGCUCCAAGUUUCCAAUUUCUGUGUUCUGGGCGUAUGUUGGUGUCGUAAGCAUGUAUCUGCCCGUCUCAAUCCUCGGUUUUGUGGCUUACGGCAAGAACAUCACAUCGAACAUUCUCGAAAGCGUGAAAUACGAAGGACAUGACGCGGCUGCUGUUAUGUUAGACAUAGUGCUUGUACUGAUCACACUUCACCUGCUGUUCAGCUUUGUUAUUGUGAUAAACCCAGUAUCACAGUCUUUUGAGGAUUUUUUGAGCAUACCUCAAGGUUGGUUUAAAUACACCCAGGGUUAAUCUCACAAAUUCAGCCGGAAGCAGGGGUUGCGAUGGACGUCUAGCUAUUCCGUAAAACAACAUAGAAUCUAAUAUUUUACAAGGAAUGUGAUCAAGAUAGCUCUAGGGUUCACAGCUACGCUUAUUUAUCCAAGUGCGAAAUACGAACUUUUUUUUUCUUGCUUCUUUCGUGUAAAACUGUUUUCCUUAUCGGAGUCUUGCUUUCAUAAAACCCCCCACCCACACAGCGUUUUAAUGUUAGACACCUACGCUAACUUAAGUCAUUUUUUGGUCUUCUUUUCCAACAGGAUUUAGUGUCAAACGGUGCCUCCUUCGCACCGCCAUCAUGUGUUUUAUUCUUGGCAUUGGCGAACUCAUCCCAAAGUUUGGUCCCAUUCUGUCUCUUAUAGGAGGAUCCACAAUAACUGCAUUGACCUUUGUAUUUCCCUGUUUGUUUUAUUUGAGAAUUGAACGUAAUAUUCCUCUUCAUAUCAAGGUUUUCUUGUAUGAACUCAUAGCUGUUGGAAUUUUUGGUGGUGUGGCGUCCACCUACUCCGCAAUAAAUGACAUUCGAAAAGUAUUCAGUUAAACCUUCAAAAUAAUAAAAAUAUCGGACUUCUUCAAUGGCUAAGGUGAGGGAGGGGGUGGAGGCGAGGGCAGAAUUAGUCUCGUACACAGACUUCCCACGGCCAAGCGACAGAAAUUGAUCCUUCAUUUUGAUCAAACUAGUAGAAUCAGGGUACGAAUUGUUUGAUCCAGUGAGAGUUCGUAUUAUUACUUAAUGCAUGAAAUAUGUUUGUGCUAGUUUAUUAUAAAGAGCUGUCAUCUGGCCCUCGUGUAUGAUUUACCCGAGUGCCUAAGGAAAACGGUUAUAAACAGCUUCCCGUCCAUGAAUAAAAGUACAUAAAUCGUAACAUGCAAGGCUGAUGGUUGUCUUAUUCUACUAAAAAGAUCUGAACAUGUUGACGUAUUUGGUAAGUUUGACACAACAAGCAGCCCGGGCUCAAUCUGAGAAGUUUGAAAAAUUUAGAUAUUACAUGAUAUGACUGUUACACGAAACGUGAAAAGAAACAUGAACUGUAUGUGAAAUUCAUCUUUUAGCCUAAAUAAUUUAAAAAGAGCUAGAUUUGCAAUGGAAAGUUCACCUGCGGCAAAGCAUCAGGACAUAAAUAUGUAUUUUUAAACAAAACCCCGCAUUAGUUUUGGGCGGUCUGUGAGAUCUGGUUUGUUAAAUGCGGCAGCAUAGAAAAAUCUGUGUUGGUGAGAAAUUUAUGUAUCGAAACACCACGUGCCAAGCUUUAGCUUCUUGUGGGCAUGCGCACUCUUUUCACUUCCUCGGAAAUACAUCCUUUACUAAUAUCUAUUUCUGAAUGAAUGGUAUUCCUCAGCUUCAGUCG